CAUAGCUGCAUCUCAGAGAAGGAGGAGGGUGUAGAGCAUACAGAGAGGGGAAAAAGCAUCCCAUGGCUCUGUAGUCCUGACACUGCCUGCUGAGGGUCUUCCUGAGAAGCUGCAUUUGAUCCUUCUUCCAGCUCAUCACCCUUACCUUGAGAAACUCUACUGCCAUUGUCACCUCUGAACCCCAGACAGGAGACACCAACUGGAUACAUAUUGGGUCUUGUGAGACUGCAAAAUAUCAGAAUGGAUGUGUUAAUGAAAGGCUUGUCCAAAGCAAAGGAAGGGGUGGUGGCUGCAGCUGAGAAAACUAAGCAAGGUGUAGCAGAGGCUGCAGAGAAAACUAAAGAAGGUGUACUAUAUGUGGGAAGUAAAACCCGAGAUGGAGUCGUGCAAGGAGUGACCUCAGUGGCUGAAAAGACCAAAGAGCAGGCAUCUCAACUUGGAGGGGCUGUCAUGUCUGGAGCUGGAAAUAUUGCUGCUGCCACAGGUCUGGUAAAGAAAGACGAGUUCCCCACAGACAUAAAGCCUGAAGAAGAGGCCCAGGAGGCUGUUGAAGAACCUGCAGCUGAACCACUGCUGGAGCAAGAAGGGGAAAGCUAUGAAGAGGCUACCCAGGAUGAUUACCAGGAAUAUGAACCAGAAGCAUAACACCCCCAUAUACUGGUCCCUCCACCAGCAGCAUCAGCACAAAUAUAGCUAUAAUAAAAUAAUAAUAAAAAAUUACCUUAUCCUCAUGCCCUGAUCUUCCCCCAAGAGGUGUGUGUUGCGCACCUCUCUCUUACCCCAAAAAGUGAGCUCUUCCUAUAAUCCAUCUUCAGAGAAACUCAUGUGAAGUGACUUUCAUGUAUGGUAAUCUUUAGCGUUGAGUCAUAGUCGAAGCAAAAAUGGUGUUUAAAACAAAUUAAAAAAAACCUUUGUAAUGUAUGGAACCAUGAGCCCAUUGUUUUUGUCUUAGUAGUCCUUAUGCCCCCGGGGAAUUAUUUCUGUUUCCCUCCCAGAGAAUAAUUAUCGGGGGUUCAGUGAAAUUUGUUGCAUAUUUUUGUUUUGUUAACUUUGUUUUAUUCUGGUGUAAAGGCACGUUCUGUAGCAGUGGGGCCUGCAACCCUCUAAAGCAGAAUGGGUCAAUGAUCUUCUUAUAUGUCUACCUACAUAAAAAGCAUGUUUUAACUUUUUAUAAACAGGUGGUAAAAAAAAAAAAAAACACCCACAAAUAAAUUUUCUAAUUAACUACUCUGCUGCCAUGAUUUUGAGAAACAUUAUAUCUCUGGCAGUUGUGGAGUUAACAGGAAAACAAAAAACAAUAUAACUGUGGAUGACUGGCCUUUCACAUAGUUAACUCAGUGUUAUAAUGUGAGUUGUUUUUCUUUUGCUGUUGUUUUUUUUAUACAUAUAUAUACACAUAUCUAAAAUAUAUUAAUGGUUUAACUUAUUUGUGACUGUUCUGUAAAUCAAAGAAAAUGUGUGGGAAUCCAAUGCCGAAUCUUUUCAAUGUCCUUGUGUUCGAAAUAAUUUUACAAAA